AUGCCAAGUCUACCUUUGCUAAGAGGAAACAGUAUAUCCCUCGAAGACGCCCUAACUGACGACGACAACAUCCUGCACCGCUUGGACUACCCGCAGAAACAGGAGGAGUUCUGGUCGUACCUACUCGCCCAUAGAAACGAAAUUGAAAGAGUGGUUUCAUUUCAUCUCCGUGCAAAGCAUUCUCAUUGGUUAUGUGGGAGCUACAAUGUCUGCAUUCCAGUCUAUACCAACCUGCCAUCAGAGGAGUGUGUCCUUAUUCGAAUUCCGCUGCCUUACAAAGUUGGAGAAGAGAAGAUUCCAGGAAAUGUCGAUGAGAAAUUGCGCUGCGAAGUCGCCACAUACAUUUGGAUACAUGAAAAUUGUCCCGCCGUUCCAAUUCCCACCCUCCAGGGGUUUGCAUUUCCAAAUGGGCAGACGAGCUGCAUGAACUUUUCGUCUCGGUGGCGUUGGCGCAUCAUGCAAACCAUGCGACCAUGGGUUGGGUUUCCCAAAACCUGCCCAUAUGUGGGUUUCAAACCCAAAAAUGUGUUGAAAACUGGAUACAUAAUCACCAGUUUCGUGAAAAACGGUCAAAUGCUCUCCAAUACCUGGGCAGAUCACCUUCUGAGCGACAAGGAGCGAAGGCAGACCCUUUUCGGUGAUAUUGCGAAGAUCAUUCUUUCACUCAAUCGCAUCAAAUUACCACGAAUUAGAUCCUUAACUUUGGAUGACGAUGGCCUGAUCGAGUUAAAAAUCGACCCCUGA